AUGCCAGGUAAACCCAUUACAUUAUCAACUCAAGGUUUAAAUGUUAAUAGAUCAGUAAAACCAUAUGAUAAAUUCACUUUUAUAGUCGAUGGAGAAUACUAUACAUGUGAACAUGCACUUGCAAACUUUAUAUCUCCUAAAGUUGCCGCGAUGACUAUAUUAGAUACAACAGUUUCAUCACUUCAGUUAAACAUUCAGGAUCCUGAUAAGCAGUUUAUGCAGAUUAUGGACUUAAUGUACGGCCAACAAAUACAAGUUGAUGAUUCAAACUAUUUAUUCUUACUUAGUGCAGCAAUGGAGUUACAAAACAAAGAACUUUUAACUUUGGCAACAUCUUUCGACUCUACACCAUUAAAUCCUGAUAAUGCUGCUCGAAGAUUAAAGGAGAAAUUGUUCUUAAAAAUCUCUGCUUCAAAAGAAGCAGAUUAUAUGGCUGAAAGAUUCCCAAUGUAUGAUUUUGGAUACCUUAAGCAACUUGAUACUGAAGUUUUAGAAGCAAUUUUAGAUUCACCGAAUUUACAAAUAACUUCUGAGACUCAGUUAUUGAAUUUUGUGUUUGAAGCCACUGAGUUUAAUAAGAAACACAUAAAAUUAAUAAAUUGUGUAUUUUGCGAAUAUCUUCCUUCAAUAGAUAUGCCAAAGUAUAUAAAACUAGCAGAAGAAGCAGGCUUAUCAGGAAGAAUAUGGGAAUCUAUUAAAAAUAGGCUUCUAAAAGAAGUUUCUGUUCCAAAUGUAGAAGAUGCAAAACGAUUUAUAAAAUUUGACAAACAAAAGCCAUCAAAAUCCAUACCAUAUACUAAAAAUGCCUUUGGAGGCAUUGUGAAAGCUCUUGCUACUGAAACAGGUGACCAUCCUCAUAGUCGUGGUGAUAUUGAAAUCUCUGCAUCGAGUACUGACUUUGGAACAAUGGCAAACAUAUUUGAGAAUAAUGGAACUAUCUUUGGAACAGUGAAUGAUAAAGAUAGCUGGAUACAAUUCGAUUUUAAGAAUCGGAGGAUUGCAUUGAGUGCUUAUUCAAUCAGGGGUUUAGGAGGUGUUAAGUUCCACACAAUGAGAUCAUGGAAAUUGUUAGGCUCGAACAAUAAAAAAGAAUGGAAUGAAAUUGAUGCUGAAUGGGAUAUUGAAGCUUUGAAUGGAAAAUAUCAUGCUGUUACGUUCCAGGUUAGACCGCAGUCAGAUCCGUUUAGAUACCUCAAAAUUGUUCAAGGAGGACCAAACUGGGCAGGAAGUCAAUACUAUAACCUUGCUUUAUCGCAAAUUGAUUUCUUUGGUGAUAUAUUUGAGUAA